AUCCAAAAGAGUUGUUACUACAGCAAACAUCAGUCCUGGAGGCAAUUGAUCAUACAAAGAGAGAGAAAGAAAGUAAUUCACCAUGUUUUCAGGAUUCGGAAGUAACAUCUUCGGUGGUGGGUCUUACGGCAAUAACAAAUUUGAAGAGUUCUUUAGAUGUUAUCCUAUAGCAAUGAUGCCUGACUUGAUUCGAAAAGAUGACGCAAAUUAUGGAGGCAAAAUCUUCUUACCCCCUUCUGCAUUGAACAAAUUGACCAUGUUGCACAUCAGAUACCCCAUGUUGUUCGAAUUGCGCAACGAGUCCGCUGGAGUGACUACUCAUAGUGGGGUGUUGGAGUUUGUGGCGGAAGAAGGAAGGUGCUACAUUCCACAAUGGAUGAUGGCUACAUUGAAGUUGAACCCGGGUUCGCUUAUCAAGAUCUCCAAUUGUGAUUUGCAAUUGGGGAAAUUCGUCAAGAUUGAGCCGCAAUCGGUGGAUUUCUUGGAUAUAUCCGACCCCAGAGCCGUGUUGGAGAAUGUCUUGAGAAAGUUCUCGACCUUGACGGUGAAUGACAUCAUUGAAAUCAAUUAUAAUGACUCUAUAUACGGGAUUAAGGUCCUAGAAGUAAAGCCCGACACCGAUAGUCAGGGUAUAUGUGUGGUUGAAACAGAUUUGGAAACCGACUUUGCGCCUCCAGUAGGAUACGUGGAACCAGAAUACAAGCCAAAGGCAGUCAAUAAACCAAGCACACCUCUUGAUCCUGCUAGUGUAAGCAGGGGUGCAGGUGCCGCCACUAUGGCCAAAUCUAUCAAUUAUGCUAACAUCGUGGCAGAAGCUUCCAAUGGGUUUAAAACUGGAGGACAAAAGUUAUCGGGCAAGGCUAUAGAAGAACCCAAAUCUUUGAAUGUGGAAGAUUUAGAUCCUAAUGCCCCGCCAGCCCCAUUACACUUGCCUGACAAUCAAUUAUUCUUUGGGUUCCCCGUGGUAUUGCCCAAGGAAGAAGUUGUCAAUAGCACACAGGAAGAACCCAACAAAGGGGGUGCCUUUUCGGGCGCUGGUCAAUCAUUGAGACAAAGCAAGAAACGCAAAGAUAAAUCAACCACAUUCCCACCCUUGAAGAACCAUUCAAGAAGUCCCCCGGAAAUUAUUGAAAUUGAUUAACCCCUUAACAGACUGUAUAGAUAUGCCAAUGUAUACACUACUAUCUAUUUAAAUAAAUACAGCUCUUACUCGGUAGUAGAUGGCAAAAACACAUCAUUACCUUGUUCUUCAGCUCUCUUUUGGUGAUAAACAAUAUCGGUGGAUUCCCACGGAUAAGCAAUCCAAGCAUCGGGAACAGUUCUAGCGGCGAAAUAGUUACCAGUCUUCAUGAUUUCAUCCGGUAAAUCUGCCUUUUUUGGUUUUUGCUUGUCAUGUAAUACAAAGAUACCAAACUUGGUAGCAUUUGGAUCAGCACCUUUAGCCUUGGCUUGUUCAGCAACAUCCUUCUUCAAUUCCGAGACGGCAUAGUGUAAAGUAGUUCUGGUAUCGUCGACUUCAUCUAUAAUCAACACGUUCUUGCCGACUAAAUCGACCUUAGAUUGAUUGUAGUCAAUCCAUUGGGUUCUAACGACUUGAUGGCCAAUGACGUCAACACCACCGUCUUCGGCGGAGACUUCUUCAUACAAGGACAAGAUGAUGGCCAUGAUUCUGACGUUUGGCUGUCCUGGUUCCUUCAAGAAAGAACGCAACAUUCUGGCUGGGAUGAACCCACCACCACCAAUGGCGAUGAUUAAGUCUGGUUUGAAUUGUUUUAUCUUGUCAGCUUGUUCUUGACAUAAUUGAUGGAUGUUGUUGUACGAGAUGUACAUCUUAUUGACUUCUUCGUCGGACAUGUUGAAUGUAGCAGUUAUACAGGGGAGUUGACACUUGU